CUCGACGCCAAGUCGGCUGUGCCUUCACCGACAUCUGUAUGCUGGUCCUCGGUCUACCUUUUUGCUUGCGCUUGUCCACACUCGCAACACCGUACAUACAAAAGCCCCGGGUUUCCUUGACUCCCCUCGUGGACUUCUCAUAAGCCGUUCUAUAUCCGGAAUCGCGUCCUUUAGCUUUCUUUGUCCUAUAGUGCUACCCUUUCUCGCGUUUGAAUGGCAUACGACCCGAAUGGUUCGGAAGCAGAGUUGCGCUCUGUAUCUGUAAGGCUCGACGGCAGAGCAAGUAUCGAGCAUCAGAUAGACAUCCACGUACUUGAUCUCGUGGACGCUGCCGAUAAUGCCGACAUCUCCCUCGACGACGUUCUCCAGGGUCUCAAAUAUGUCACGGAAUACCGCAUCAAGGGUGGCAAAAUGUCACACCUUGAUGGUGCACUGAUGGAGAGGCUCUUGGGUGGCCUAUUGCAAAAUAUGGGCCAUCAAACUGGAAACCUGCUUCGUUCUCGCCCCACCCCAGAGGCCGACAUUGCCUUUGUGCUGUUUGGAGAAUUCCUCGAAGAAGUCGAAGAAUUCCGCACGGCGGUCAAUAAGAAGUCCGCCACCGAUCUUCGCCAUGCUUUGAAGAUCCACCGUCGUUGUCAGCCUUCGAGCACACCCGAGCAGCGUGAAGACGCUGCUGGUGUUCUGGCGCUCCUUAUGCGCUAUUGUCCGCAACACGAUUGGAAGGAUCUCGUCGAGGCGGAUGAACAUGACGAUGUUCUCAAGCUCAUGAAGGAGUUUGAGACAAAAUUCGCUGAGCCUUCGAUGCCACCUGCCGACAAAGUGUUGCCACCACAAACACUUUACUUUGACAAAAAUGUUCAGCAGCUUGCGGAGAUGUUUGGCACAAACCUUGAAACGGGUCUCCCCAGCGCCCGUAUCCCCGAAAUGACGGACCACUAUGGAAGCAAUAAGCUUCCCUCCCCGCCAAAAGAGUCGCCUCUCUUGAUGCUUUGGGCCCAGGUUACGGACUUCAUGGUUCUCAUCCUUAUUGCGGCCGCUGCUGCCCAAUUCGCCACCGAUGACAUCAAGGCCGGUAUCGUUCUGUUGGUGGUUGUCGUCAUGAACGUCACGAUCGGCUUCGUACAGGAGUACAAGGCCAACAAAGCUCUGGAAGCCCUGCUGUCACUCACUGUACCCAGAGCAACCGUUAUUCGCGAUGGAAAGAAAGAAAUCGUCGAUUCCGCCGUACUGGUCCCUGGUGAUUUGGUGGUGUUGGAAGAGGGCGACGCCAUCCCGGCUGACUUGCGUCUCUGUGAAGUGGCCCAGCUCGAAAUCGUGGAGGUCAUCCUAACCGGUGAAGCUCUCGGUGUCUCCAAGUCGUCUCACACGAUUCGGAAACGCACACGUCGCCUCCCACUUGGAGACUGCAAAGGCAACGCUUUCAUGACGACUACUGUUGCCCGCGGUCGUGGGAAGGGUAUCGUCGUUCGUACGGGAGACAACACCGAGAUUGGCAAAAUCAGCAGUGCCAUCACCGCCGCUCCCAAGCGCAAGACGUCUCUCCAGAUCAAAUUGGCCAAGCUUGGCAAAUGGCUAGUCGCUCUCUCCAUCGGACUUUGCGCACUGAUCAUCGUCAUUGGAGUCCUCUACAAGCGUGACACUCUUGAAGUCGUCAAGAUCGGUGUUUCCCUUGCCGUCAGUGUCAUUCCUGAAGGAUUGGUUGCUGUCGUGACCGUGACGAUGGCCUUGGGAGUGGUUCGAAUGGCCAAGCGCAAUGCGAUCGUCAGAAAGCUGCCGUCCGUAGAAACUCUUGGAUCCGUUAACGUGAUCUGUUCGGAUAAGACUGGUACCUUGACGGAAGGCAAGAUGGGGACUGCCGAACUUUGGACUAGUGAUAACUCGUACUUUACCUUCACACAUUCCACCAACAUGGAUCCGAACGUCGGCAAUGCUCAACAAGGCACGACAAUCCCGCUUUCCGACGCCCUAGCUGCCCCCAAUGACACGACACGAGACGAUCUGGCGAAAAAGCAAGCUGUUGAUCUGCCAAAAACUUUCGAGGGCAUGCCUAGUCAUCUCUUCAUCGCUACAAUGGCAUACAGUCUCUGUAAUAACUCGGCAAUCACACGAGAUGAGGAGACGGGUGGAUUGAAGAUGAUUGGUGAUCCCACCGAAGUGGCUAUGAUUAUCGCUGCUCAGAAAGUCGGCUUCCCCAGGGAGUGGUUCCAAAAUGAGCUCGGAUUGAAGAAGCUCGGUGAAUAUGCAUUUGACAGUGAUCGAAAGCUGAUGAGUGUCAUUUACCAACAAGCCGAAAAGUCCGAGUUCCAGACUCCCUUCUCAAAAAACUCCUCGUUUGUGUUCACUAAAGGCGCGCCAGAAGGAGUCUUACAACGUUCUACGCACUACCUCCAGCCUUCCACCGGAAUCUCAAAUCCAAUCAGCUUCCUCCAAAACCUCGAUCCCGAGCCGAUCAACGAAGAUUUUGUUGAGCUGGUGUCCCACAAAGCGUCUGUCAUGGCUUCCAGUGGGUUGCGUGUGCUAGCGCUGGCCAUGCGCAGUGUUACUCCAGAGGAUGCCCAGGAAAUCAUCAUGGCCAAGAAAGAAAGCGCCGCGGAGCAAAAGCUCACCUUCAUCGGAUUGAUCGGAUUGAUUGACCCUGCCAAGUCCGGCGUGAAGGAGUCGGUGGAAACUUGUAAACGCGCUGGUAUUCGUGUCAUUAUGAUCACCGGCGAUCAUAUUGCCACUGCGUCGGCGAUCGCGAAGCAGCUUGGUAUCCUUGACCCUGCGCGCCAGUCGACAUCCCGGGCCAUGAAAGGUUACGAAAUUGACCUUCUUUCUGAAGAACAGCUCGCUGCUUUGAAUCCCUUCCCCGUCGUCUUUGCCCGUGUUUCACCCGACAACAAGCUCAAAAUCGUCAAAGCCCUUCAGUCUAAGAAGUUUUCUGUUGCCAUGACUGGUGACGGUGUCAAUGAUGCCCCUGCGAUCAAACAGGCUGAUGUCGGUGUUGCUAUGGGUAUAUCCGGAACGGAGAUCACGAAGCAAGCUGCGGAUAUCGUCCUCGCCGACGACAACUUUUCGACCAUCGUGGAAGCUGUUAGAGAAGGACGUGGAGUGUUUGAUAACAUUCAGAAGUUCGUGGUGUACUUGUUGAGUUGUAACUCUGCGGAAAUCUUCCUCUUCUUGAUCACUGCCGUCAUCAAUGUGGAGCCUCCAUUCACCACCAUCCAGAUUCUCUGGGCCAAUAUCAUCGCCGAUGUCCCACCAGCCAUGUCCCUCGGAGUCGAGCCCCACGAGCUUGACAUCAUGUCCCGCCGCCCCCGAUCCCGCAACCAGGGAGUCCUCACCAUGUCCACCUCCCUCCUGGUCUUGGCUCAAGGUCUCGUCAUGUCACUCAUGACGUUCGGCGUCUACAUGAUCGAUCGUAACCAUCUCACCCUAUCUGGGGCCUCGGAUGACCCAGUCGAACGACUCGUGCACCAACGCUCGCUGGCCUUCACCGUUUUGACAGUGAUGCAGCUCACCCAGUCCUUCUUCUCGCGCUCCGUCAUGCACUCGAUCUUCAAGGUCGGAUUGUGGGGAAACAAGAUCCUCGUCUAUGCCUACGUCUUCUCCUUUAUCUGCGUCCUUCUGGGCACGUACCUGCCUGGUUUCCACCAGGUGCUGGGGCUGGUCGAUAUUGGAGGCGUUGGGUGGGCCGUGGUCCUCAUUUGCGUAGUCUUGCAAUCCGCGCUCAUUGAGCUGGUCAAGAUGUUGUAUAGGCAGCACAUGCGGAGGAAGCUCUUGGGCGGCCGGGAUCCGGGCCAGUAUACCGAGAUGAAUGAGGAAAUCAGGGUGUAAACUGUUGACUUCGCGAGACUGGAUAUAUAUUACGACGCGGUGCUUCACUGACAUUUGUACUGUAUAUACUGAUAUCUUUCUCGUUCGGAGCUUUGUCAAGCUUGUCCUUGUACAUUUCGCACAGUUGUAUCUAGUCCCCACCUCUGAACUGUGAAAUAUAUCUUUUGACCGGCCUGAGUGCUUGUCUGCUGCCA